AGUCUCAAAUUAGAACGAAGUUAAUACUGGGGUUCGCAUAUUUGGAUAAUUCGGUAACAAUGUUCGAUGGUGAUACCAAUGAUCAAAAUAUAAGGAUGGCGAAUCGCCUAGUUGCAAAUCAUAUGAAAACUCAUGGAUAUGAUUACUCUUUAAGUGUUUUUGUUCCGGAAACUGGGCUGACUAGUUUUGAGUUGGAAGAAUUCACAAAAGAUACUUCCUCCUUCAUGCCUUGUGUUCUUUCGAGUGAUUCUGGAAAACAAACGAGUUUUCACAAAGAGUACUAUUCAUUAUUGGUGUUGAUUUUGAAAGCCUAUCGAGAAAUGUCGAGUAUCCCGAAAGAAAAUAAAGCUGUUCAGGUGGUUGAAACAAACGACCCUAACUUAGAUUACAGGUUGAACAGCAUUAAUAAAGAAUAUGAAGCAGUGAGAUCAUCAGAAAUUUUACACAUGAAAAAAACAUUUGAUGAUCGUCUGGAACAAUAUAGGAAUGAGAUGAAUGAACGAAGUCGGAUAGAAAUAGAACAACAGAUGCUUGAGUUUCGUCAAAAUGAAUUGAAUUUAUUGAAAUCAGAGUUGGAAGAAGAAUUUCAAAGACGUUUACAUCAAAAUAUACAGCAAUUACAAGAAGAAUUUGAAUUUCGCUGUCAGUCCCUCAAUGAAAAAGAGCUGUUACUCAGAGACAAGCACAAUCUGUUAAAACAAAAAGAGGAGCGUGAGGCAUUUGUUAGACGUCAAGCUCUACAAGCUGAAUUAGACGCUGUCCAGUUGGUAAAAUCACAAUUAGAUCAAGAAAAACUCCAAAUGGACAAUGAUAAAAUGCAGUUACAAAAAGAUUAUGAGAAAAAUGAAUUGGAAUUUAAAAAGCGUGAAAAUCUUUUGGAAAUUAGAGAAAAAACAUUAGAAAGUGAAAUUCAUGAACAUGUGAACCGAAUUCGUAUGGAAGAUGAAAUUAAACUGCUGAAACAACGCAAAGAAUUAGAAUUGCAGACUGUUCAACUUUCAGAAAAUCAGAAAGUGCUUGAAGAAAAAUUAAAAACCGUUGAACUACUUAAACAAGAAUUGGUAAAACAACAAAAUAAAUUCACAGAAAUGGAGAUUGUAGACUAUGAUACUAUUAAAACUCAGAAUGAAUUGUUCAAAGCUGAAGUUUCCAGUUUAAAAAAACAAUUGAAAAGUGCUGUGAUUGAAUUGGAAGAACAAAAACAAAUUGCUGCAUCGGCAACAACAGAAUUAGGUGUACUCAAAGUUGUUAAACAAGAGAUGGAGAAACUCAUAAACACGUUAAAUAACGAUCAUGCUGCGUUCGUUCAAGAAAAAUUUACCUUACAAAAGAAAUUAAAUGAACAACAAAAUGAAAUAUACCGACUCAUGGAACGUCUUGCUUUAUGCGAAGGGGAAAAUAAACUGAAUCAUGCACAAAAUAUUGAAGCUUCCUUUGCAAAUUAUUCAUCUAAGCAAGAUCAGAAUCCAAACAAUCCGCAACUAUUAACUGAAGCUGAACGUCGUUCAAUUUAUAAAGAAUGUAAUCUGUCGAUUUCAAGUGAUUUAAGUCAUGAAAGUAUGAUUGAUGCAAAUAAGCAUGGAAAGUCAUGCAUUAAAUCCACUCAAUUAUCAAUUGAUCCUAAUUCUAACGAUUGGUUAAAGCGUUUAGAAUUAUCACGUCGUCGUAUGGCUCAAUUACGAUUGGUUAAUGAAGAGUUUGAUUCAAUUUACGAAGAAUGGAAAUCAGUUGAUUUAAAAGAAUUUUUAUCGAAAAUUAAUUGUGACUUACCGACUUUCUUGAAUGAGCAUAAAUUAGAUCAAUUAAUUAAUUUGAACGAUGUCAACUUGUCCAAUCAUUUAUUCAUGACAAACAACAAUACUGAAUCGGAUCAUGUUAAGCACCAUUGUGAACUUGAUCAACAGGCUGAAAUGCAUCCGUGUCAUGACAAUGAACAUCUGACCUCAGCUACUAAACUUAAUCCAGAAUCGAAAAAUAUGAAGACAGAAUCCGAACAGAUGAACCACAAUGCACAACUUCAUUUCAAUGCAAGCAUUAUACGAGAUCGUCCAGUCAGUUCAUCCAGUAUUGAUACACCGAAAUCAAAUAAAUUAGCCUUGAAAGAAACAUUAAGUAUAAGUUCACAUAAACCUAUAAAAUCAUCUUCAACUAUCACUCAUCAUAGUUUUAAGAAGAAACCUAGUGAUCACCUUGCAAUAAAUAAAUCAGAUGUCGAACAUUCUACAGAAUCAAUAUUUGAAGCUGAAUCUACCGAGAAUAGAACUUCAAGAAAUUCUCAAACUAAUUCAUUCGCAAGUGAUAUAUCAUAUCGUUCUGUUUCGAAUCGAUUUGACACGAAUAAUGAUGAUGAUGAUGAUAGAAAUAAAUCUGUGCAUAGUGAACAUAAUAAUCAUGCAAAGGAAGAACAAGAAGAAUCGAUUAAUUCAAAGAAAGCUAAUUUCAACGAUAAAAUUGCCAAUAAUUAUACUGGUGAUAAUGUUGAUAAUACUGACAGUAUUAAAAAAAAGAAUCAUGACACUAUUGAAAAUGGAUUUCCAUUACUUCUAGAAACCUCACGUUAUGAUCGUGUAGGAGAUUCAUUGAAACAGUGUUCAUUUGGUAAUAAUGAUCGGAACAAACCGAUAUCCAAUGGGAGCAUCUCACCAACAAUACACAAUACAACCAUGAAAAAAACUGAAUGUAAUGGCUUAAUGGAAAAAUAUUUAAAGCUCAGUUUAAAUGCUAACUCCAAAUCACCGGUGCCAACUACAUACAAUCAUGCACUGAACGAAUCUAAAGUAGCAAAUGGAUUUCAUUCACCUAAUCAUUCAAAAGAUAAUGGUUUAUUGUUCGAGAAUGGCCAUCAUUUUAGUUCUAGUGAAUCAGAUAUUAUCAGUUUGAACAAUGAUAAGACUAAGUGUCAUAAUUCACCAGGAAAUUUCAACAAUGAUGAAGUGAUUCCAAACGACAUUGAUAUCGACAAUAAUUCAGACUACGUCUGGUAGACAGCUUUUGAUCGUUUACUUUCUCACACGUAAUUACAAUCAUAUGGCUAAAUUUUACUCUUUUUAUGUAUGUACCAUUCUUAACAAAGACUAAAUCGUUGCCAUUAUUGUUUUAACCUAUA